CAAAACCCAGCUCGACUGCCCCUCAGUCUAGCCACUCUUCUCUUCUUUCCUGGACCACAUCUCUCCGCUGCUGCUUCAUCGACACUCCCAUCAAGGUGUUUCAUCAACAACUAUGGCGAAAGUGCUACUGACCAGCAUGCCCGCUCUACCCUCGUCCCCCAACGACUCGCGCUCCGUCGCCCCCGCCCGUCAGGGCCGCGAUAACCAACGCUAUGGUGCUGAUGGCACCCGCUUGGUCUCCGGCUGCGUCCCCUUCCGUUGCACACCGGCCGGUCUCGACGUCCUCCUCAUCACCAACCGCAAGAAAACCCAUUGGAUCAUUCCCAAGGGCGGCUGGGAGACUGACGAAAGCGCUGAAGAAGCUGCUAUCCGCGAAACAUACGAGGAAGCUGGCGCCCAGGGCACCAUUGUCACCAAGCUCGUCGAUCGACUGCACGUCGGCAAAAAGGGCCAACACCAACACCACCACUACUAUGCCCUUUUGGUCGAUCAGAUUCUCCAACACUUUCCUGAACAGGAACAACGCCAGCGCCGCUGGUUUCCCAUCAACGAUGCCCUCGAGACAUGCCAGCGCGAUGUCAUGCACGAGGCCAUCCUCAAGCUAAAACGUGAGCACACCGCCGGUCGCCUUUAG